AGUUUCAUCGAAUCUUAUAAUCAUCUCUUCAAACCAAAAAAAAGAAAGAGAAUGGAAAGCAAAAGAAUGACCAUAAUGUUCAUUACACUAAUGAUAGUGAUGAUAAUUGGGAACUUUGUGGUUCAAGCAGAAGCUCAAGCGCAAACUUAUCCUUUUAGAAGCUGUUUCCCGGGUUGUAUUGUGAGUUGUGCCAUCGAGAAGAAGUUUCCAACUGGUUUGAUGUGUCCAUUCACUUGCUUCAUGACUUGUCUUCCUCCUCCAACAUCAAAUACUCCUUCUCCUACGUCACAAAUGAUUUUGGCAAACGAAAUCGAUCAUACUGAUUAUUUCUGUAAACUUGGUUGUGCUAGUCAUCGUUGUCUUGCUCUUUCUUCUCUCCAAAAUCCAAAUGUAGACAAAGUUGUGGAUUGUGUGGAUUCAUGUUCAAACAGGUGCUCCGGCAAGAACUAG